AGGUGUGGGUUCAUUUCCUGACCCUUUCCGCGCGCGCAGCAUCAUCUCCUCGCAGGCUGUUGCAUCCUCCUGAGGGACCGUCGGCGCUCUUCACAGCCUGCACACUACAUACCGGUCUCUGAUUCGCAAUCUGGGUAAUGCAACUCAUUUAUUUGCCAGCUCGGAUGUGUUUAUAUUGUCUCUCACAGAAUACACGCGGCUGUUCGCAGGAAUUCUACGGAAUUAACGCCGCAACAAAUGAUGAUGUGACAGCCAUCCAUUCAGAUAGAUAAUAAAAGCCUGCUGUGCAGAAGACGCUGCAUUUCUGCUAGCGAAGCAAAGCCUCACACGAGCAUUUCCCAGAUGAACGGAUUCAGUAGUGUUCACUACUGACAAGCAUCAGUCAUUUGGAAUAAUACCCUGCACACUGCAUUAUAAACAUUCUGGAAGGAGGACAGGACAGACAGGUUUUAAGAAACUGUGCAGUUUAGUGUCUGCAACCCAUGAGCAGUGCAUCAGGAGAAGAAUAAAUACUCUCUGUGGCCUGUCGUCCUCUCUGCUCUCUUCUAAUGGUUUGAUUGAUGGAGAUCUGGUCGGAUGACAGCUGGAACUGUUGUCAUAACCGGAGGAAUUCUCGCAACAGUGAUACUCCUGUGUAUCAUUGCAGUGCUUUGUUACUGUAGACUCCAGUAUUACUGCUGUAAGAGGAAUGAGUCAGAAGGGGAGGCGGGCUCAGUCGGAGAUCCUCAGCCACAGUUCGCCUGCAACACAUGCAGUGCUCCGGGAGUGGACGGGCCGGCCGUCACACCUCUCUCACUGCCGUACGACCCCACUCCAGCUCACAGCUACUGCCCGACCCGUACGACCCACUCCACUCACAGCUACUGCCCGACUUGCUCACCCUACUACCUCCGUGGCACGGAUGAGAUGCGGAACGGCGGUGAAACGCCUGUCCUACAUGCCCAUCACUACGAGAACCAUGGUGCCACUGCCCUUGGUCUGGCCGCCAUGUACGGCCCCGUGCUGAGUCAUCGCAGUACCCCAGAUUUUUACACCAAUACACGAGCCAUCAGCACUGACGUCUGACCCUCACAGACCUGGAGAUGGACCCAGCGACAGAGUCACAUCUGUGGACCAGAGCAAUUGGGACCGUUACAUCUCCAUGCGCCAAUGGUCAAAAUGACCUACGGGAUGCCAUGCUAUUCUUCCACACAGGUCUAUGGCCAUCUUUAGUCUUCCAUCUUUUGUUUUACCUGUUUACCUCUUUCUUACACAUCCCUCCCUCUUCGUGCUUUGAGGGCUGUGUGUUAUAUGACAUUAAUUGUUUGUGGCGUUUUUGGCCUUUUUAAGUCUUAAACGUUAAAUUGGGUAUUUUAUUUAUAUGGAAAAGUCAGAUAAAGGAUAUAUUAUAGCUAGAAAAUCGAAAUAGAGCAGCCCAAGGAAGCUUUUUUAGGCUCAUCUCAAGUAUUUUGUUGUUUAUCGUGACAUAAAAGGCAAACAUUACACACAAAUUUCAAUAGCUUUUUUAAAAAAGUAUCUUUGUUGGAAAGAGCAUAACAUUCAGCUUUAUCUAAAUAUCCCUGAUAUACUGAGCCUUUGUCUUUGAAAAACUUAUUGUAGGAUGAGAAAUUAUCCAAAAUGUGAUUGUCUUCACGUGUGUUGGUCUGUUGGGAAAAUGUUAAAUGAAUAAUUGAUGAUGAUUAUAUUGAUCAGUUCAUAUUUGAAUAUAUGUGUCACAUUAACUGAAAUUCUCAAUGGCACAGAGACAGAUGUGUUGACAGAUGUUGAAUUAGGAAAUAAGAUUGAGGUCGGAGUUGAGUUGUGAAUUCACACUCAUUUCUUUGUCCGUAUUCACUACAUACUACGAUUAAUAAGAGCUUUUUAAAGUGCAGUUGCUGAAAUCUUCAAUUGUACAAAACACUUCCAAAAAUCUUCUCGAGGCACUGAGAGAAAAUGACUGGAAAACAUUCAAAUGCAUUUAUUUAUCUUGUUCCUUUUUGUAUGGUAUUAUGGCAGUUGAAAUGAUACUUGGAUGAUAUUCUUUCCUUGUCUUUGCAUAGGUUUUUUGUAAAUUAUAUCUUCUCACAUAUUUGUUUCAUUAGCCAUAUAGUUUAUGAAAUGUUCACUCUGAUGUCUAUGUUCACUCUGUCUGAAGCACUCUUUCUUGGUAACUGGUUCACAAUACAGACCACAGGAUGGCACUUCUAUUUUACAUUUUGGGAAAAUGUGAAAAAAUAUGAAGUAUAUCAGUCUAUGGUUUAAAAUACUGAAGAAAAAAAAGAGUAGCUUGUUGUCUACAUAUUUCACAGAAUGCUUUUGAAAAUAAAGGACGCAUUUAUAAAUGCCUGUAGACUUUUAUAAAAUUGGUCAAUUGUGAUCAGAGUAAUAAAAGCCAUUUCACAUCUGUACCAAAACAUGUACAUAAAGAUCAAAUUAUUUCAAUGAUUGGAAUGUUUCCUGUCAAGUCUAUAUCUAUAUAGAUAUUUCAUUUAAAUAUGAUUUAUGGUGGAAAAUCAGAAUUUUCAAUAGCCUUACUCCAGUUUUCAUUGUGUCACAUGAUCCUUCAGAAAUCAUUACAAUGAUUUGAUUUGUUUGAUGCUCAACAAUAUUUCCUAACAGUUAUGCUGCUUUAUAUUUUAG